CCCCGAGGACCGCGGCGCUCGCACAGAAAGGUCCAAGAUGUCUCUGGUGGCAGUACCCUUCUACCAGAAGAGACACAAGCACUUCGACCAGUCAUAUCGAAACAUUCAAACAAGGUACCUUCUGGAUGAAUAUUCAUCAAAAAAGCGAGCCUCUACCCAGUCAUCUACUCAGAGAUCUCUUACACAGCACUCAUCUGCAAAGACAGCCUCCAGUCAGAGCUCUACUAGGGGGACGACGACCUGCAGGCUCUGUGCAAAGCGGGUGAGCGCCUCAGAAGAGGAGGAACUUGAAAAUGAAAACAGGUACAAGUCGUUAGUGGCUUCUUAUGGUGAGGCCAAGAGGCAACGUUUCCUUGGUGAACUUGCCCAACUGGAGGAGAAUGUGCACCUGGCACGGUCCCAGGCUCGUGAAAAGUUGGACAAGUACUCCCUGCAGCACAUGAUGGAAGACAAACUGGCUUGGGAAAAACACUCAUUCGAAGAGCGGAUGAGCAGGGCCCCUGAGAUCCUGGUGCGGCUGAGGUCUCACACUGUCUGGGAGAGGAUGUCUGUGAGGCUCUGCUUCACUGUACAAGGAUUUCCCACACCUGUGGUGCAAUGGUACAAAGAUGGCAGUCUGAUCUGCCAGGCAGGUGAGCCAGGGAAGUACCGGAUUGAGAACAGGUAUGGUGUGCACGUGCUGGAGAUCAACAGGGCAAACUUUGAGGACACAGGCACCUACUCAGCAGUGGCAACCAAUGCCCAUGGACAAGUGUCCACCAAUGCUGCAGUGGUGGUGAGAAGGUUCCGAGGAGAUGAGGAGCCGCUGUAUUCUGUAGGACUCCCAAUUGGAUUGCCGCUGUCGUCUGUGAUUCCCUACACACACUUUGAUGUCCAGUUUCUGGAGAAAUUCGGAGUCACCUUCAGAAGAGAGGGCGAGACGGUCACACUUAAGUGCACAAUGUUGGUGACUCCGGAUCUGAAGAGAGUGCAGCCUAGGGCUGAGUGGUACCGAGAUGAUGUGCUGUUGAAAGAGUCUAAGUGGACAAAGAUGUUCUUUGGAGAAGGCCAGGCCUCGCUCUCCUUCAGCCACCUGAAUAAGGAUGAUGAAGGCCUGUACACCCUGAGGAUUGUGUCCCGGGGUGGAGUCAGCGACCACAGCGCCUUCCUGUUUGUCAGAGAUGCUGACCCACCAGUCACGGGGGCUCCUGGAGCACCCAUGGACCUGCAGUGCCAUGAUGCAAACCGAGACUACGUCAUUGUGACUUGGAAGCCUCCCAACACGACUACGGAGAGCCCUGUCAUUGGCUACUUCAUUGAUAGAUGUGAAGUGGGAACCAACAACUGGGUCCAGUGCAAUGAUGCCCCAGUAAAAAUCUGCAAAUACCCUGUCACGGGACUUUUUGAAGGAAGGUCUUAUGUGUUCCGUGUGAGGGCGGUCAACAAUGCAGGCAUUAGCCGGCCUUCCCGAGUCUCAGAUGCAGUGGCAGCCCUCGACCCUGUUGACCUCAAGAGGUUACAAGCAAUUCAUUUGGAGGGUGAGAAAGAAAUUGUCAUCUACCAGGAUGACCUUGAAGGUGAUGUUCAAAUCCCAGGUCCUCCCACCAAUGUGCAAGCCUCAGAGGUCAGCAGAAACUAUGUUGUCCUCAGCUGGGAUCCCCCUUCUCCCCGUGGCAAGGAUCCUUUGAUGUACUUCAUCGAGAAGUCUGUGGUUGGGAGUGGCAGCUGGCAACGUGUCAAUGCACAGGCAGCAGUGAGGUCUCCUCGGUAUGCUGUCUUUGAUCUGGCUGAAGGGAAGUCCUAUGUGUUCCGGGUUUUAUCAGCCAAUAAGCAUGGCCUGAGUGAUCCAUCAGAGAUCACACCUCCUAUUCAGGCUCAGGACAUAGUUGUGGUCCCCUCAGCUCCCGGCCGGGUGCUUGCUUCCCGGAACACCAAGACAUCAGUUGUGGUACAGUGGGACAGGCCAAAACAUGAAGAAGACCUUCUGGGCUACUACGUGGACUGCUGCAUAGCAGGAACAAACCAGUGGGAGCCGUGCAACCACAAACCCAUUGGCUAUAACAGGUUCGUGGUGCAUGGCUUAACCACCGGUGAGCAGUACAUUUUCCGGGUGAAGGCUGUCAACGCCGUGGGCACCAGUGAGAACUCGCAGGAGUCGGAAGUGAUCAAGGUCCAGGCGGCCCUCACUGUGCCCUCUCAUCCGUAUGGGAUUACACUUCUGAACUGUGAUGGCCAAUCCAUGACCCUGGGCUGGAAGGUGCCUAAAUUCAGUGGUGGCUCAGCCAUCCUGGGUUACUACUUGGACAAGCGAGAAGCCCAUCAUAAGAACUGGCAUGAGAUCAAUUCUUCCCCUGUCAAGGAGAGGAUCUUAACGGUGAAUGGCUUGACAGAAGGCUCAUUGUAUGAAUUCAAAAUUGCUGCUGUCAACAUGGCUGGGAUUGGGCAGCCAUCGGACCCCAGUGAGCACUUCAAGUGUGAGGCCUGGACAGCACCAGAACCUGGCCCUGCCUACGACUUGACCUUCUGUGAGGUCCGGGACACCUCUCUGGUACUUCUGUGGAAAGCCCCUGUGUAUUCUGGCAGCAGCCCUGUUUCUGGUUAUUUCGUUGAUUUUAAGGAAGAGGAUUCUGGAGAAUGGAAGACGGUCAGCGAGUCAGCGACUCCAAAUCGUUAUUUAAAGGUUUGUGACCUGCAGCAAGGUAAGACCUAUGUGUUCAGAGUGCGGGCAGUGAAUGCCAGUGGGCCAGGAAAGCCCUCAGACACAUCGGAGGCUGUGCUUGUGGAGGCCCGGCCAGGCACAAAGGAGAUCAGUGCUGGUGUGGAUGAGGAGGGCAACAUAUACCUUGGGUUUGACUGCCAGGAAAUGACAGAUGCCUCCCAGUUCACCUGGUGCAAGGCCUAUGAGGAGAUUGCAGAUGAGGAGCGGUUCCAAGUCCACACUGAGGGUGACCACUCAAAACUAUACUUUAAAAAUCCAGAUAAAGUGGACAUUGGGACUUACUCUGUGUCUGUGAGUGACACAGAUGGCGUGUCCUCCAGUUUUGUGUUGGAUGAGGAAGAACUUGAGCGUUUGAUGGCCCUGAGCAACGAGAUAAAGAAUCCCACAAUUCCUCUGAAGUCAGAGUUAGCUUAUGAGAUUUUUGAUAGAGGCCAGGUUCGCUUCUGGCUCCAGGCUGAGCACCUCUCACCAGAUGCCAACUUCCGGUUUGUUAUUAAUGACAGAGAAGUCUCUGACAGUGAGACACACAAAAUUAAAUGUGACAGAUCAACGGGCAUGAUUGAGAUGGUAAUGGAUCGCUUUACUAUUGAGAAUGAAGGGACCUACACUGUGCAGAUUCAAGAUGGGAAAGCUAAGAACCAAUCAUCGCUGGUCCUCAUUGGAGAUGCAUUCAAGACUGUUUUGGAAGAGGCUGAAUUUCAGAGGAAAGAAUUCCUGAGGAAACAAGGUCCUCAUUUUGCUGAGUAUUUGCACUGGGAUGUUACUGAAGAGUGUGAGGUUCGGCUUAUCUGUAAGGUUGCAAAUACCAAGAGAGAAACUGUUUUCAAGUGGCUCAAGGAUGAUGUUCUUUAUGAAACCGAGUCCCUGCCGGACCUGGAGAAAGGCCUCUGUGAGCUGCUUAUACCGAAGUUGUCCAAGAAGGACCAUGGUGAAUACAAGGCAACCUUGAAAGAUGAUAGAGGUCAAGAUGUAUCUGUUCUUGAAAUAGCUGGUAAAGUGUAUGAGGAUAUGAUUUUGGCAAUGAGUCGAGUCUGUGGAGCCUCGGCCUCGCCACUGAAGAUCCUGUGUACCCCAGAAGGAAUCAGACUUCAGUGUUUCAUGAAGUAUUUCACAGAAGAAAUGAAAGUCAACUGGUAUCACAAAGAUGCUAAGAUUUCAUCCAGUGAGCACAUGAGAGUUGGGGGGAGCGAGGAGAUGGCAUGGCUGCAGAUCUGUGAGCCCACCGAGAAGGACAAGGGGAAGUAUACUUUUGAGAUUUUUGAUGGCAAAGACAACCACCAGCGCUCUCUGGAUCUCUCUGGACAAGCUUUUGAUGAAGCAUUUGCAGAAUUCCAGCAGCUCAAGGCGGCUGCUUUUGCAGAGAAGAAUCGUGGCAAGGUGAUUGGCGGCUUACCUGAUGUGGUGACCAUAAUGGAAGGCAAGACCUUGAACCUGACUUGUACAGUGUUUGGAAACCCUGACCCAGAAGUGGUUUGGUUUAAGAACGACAAGGACAUUGAACAGGGUGAGCACUUCCUGGUGAAGAUGGAACAGUCCAAGUAUGCCAGCCUCACCAUCCAGGGUGUGACAGCGGAGGACUCCGGCAAGUACAGCAUCAAUGUCAAGAACAAAUAUGGAGGGGAGAAAAUUGAUGUCACCGUCAGCGUGUACAAACAUGGGGAAAAGAUACCAGACAUCACUUCUCCCCAGCAAGCCAAACCUAAGCUCAUCCCAGCAUCCACCUCUGCAUCUGCUUGAAUAGGGGCUUUCCCCAGCCUGGAGGGAGGGGAGAGAAGCUUAGAAGUUGUAGGAAUACUGUGUGCUGUGCCAAGUGGAUGUCAGGGCUGGAUGAUGUCACAUGGGAGCAGAUAGAUGACUGCUUCUAAUCUUUGCACUUGGUGAUUAUAAUUUUAUGUUUAAGAGUAAAGCUAUUGUUUCCAUAGGGCUGAAAAACUUGUGUGUCUGAGGGUAGAUGCCAGCUGUUGGAGGGUAUCCUGAGAGAGGGCAGGUGAGAUGUCUGGGCACAAUGCCUAGGUGUGGCUAGCAUGUGGCAUAGUCUGCUCGAAGCUGCUGCAGUCCUGUGGGUGACACUGGGAGCCUAAAGGGUGUAGCUAUGGACUCCUUCUGUAGCUCCUUAGGGCCUGUGUGGCCUAGGUUCCCUGUUUUCUCUUGCUUUCAUCUAAUAAAACAUUACAAGGCA